UGAUUGGAUCAAACUUUUGGAACCACAGCAGAUUUUAAAGAAUAGUCCUAUCGUAAGUGACGAUCUUUCAACCGUUGAGUUGUCUGAACGCACCCAAUGAAAUCAAAACCUCAAAGUGAAGAACUUUGUUGAAGAAACAAAUCUGCGGCCGUCACUUCUCCGGUAUAAGUCCACUGAGCUAAAAGAGCACCAAACCAUCCGGUAUAAGUACACAACAUCACAAAGAAAAUAUCAUAUUAUUGAGAUAAAACAUGUCGGACACUUCUGACGACGAGUUCAAUUACGGCGAUGACAUGGAGAAAACGCAAUGGGUCUUGUACAAACAUCGCGAGGAGUGGAGCGACGUGACUCCUCUGCCUCAGGAUGACGGUCCUCAUCCCAUUGUGGCAAUUGCGUAUUCUGAGAAGUUCAAGGAUGCGUAUGAUUAUUUCCGUGCCAUUCUAAGGUCAGGUGAAAAGUCAGAUCGCGCGUUGGGUUUGACGGAAACAUGCGUGUGGCUAAAUCCGGCCAAUUACACCGUGUGGCAGUACAGAAGGGAGAUACUCAAGGCUCUGGGAAAGGAUCUGCACGAGGAAUUGAAAUACACUGGUCACAUAAUAAAACACAAUUCUAAAAACUAUCAAGUCUGGCAUCACAGAAAGGUCAUUGUGGAAUGGCUGCAAGAUCCAAGUCAGGAAUUAACAUUUACAGAAUCUGUUUUAGACAAGGAUGCCAAGAAUUAUCAUGCCUGGCAACAUCGCCAGUGGUGCAUGCAAACUUUCAAUUUGUACGAGAAGGAGCUGAGAUGUGUGGAGCGAUUGUUAAAUAACGAUGUUCGCAAUAAUUCCGCCUGGAACCAGCGUUACUUCGUGAUAAGCAAUACAACCAAGUUCGAGCAAGAGGUGAUAGAUAGAGAAGUUAAUUAUACACUAGACAAAAUAGAACAAGUAAAGGGAAAUGAAAGCGCUUGGAACUACUUGAGAGGAAUAUUGUUGCACGAUAGCAAAGGUUUGCGUUACAAUGAAAAAGUGAGACUUAAGUGUCAACAAAUGUACGAAAGCGGAUGUCGCGUUAAUCACUUGUUGGCCUGCAUCAUUGACAUUUGUCAAGAGAGAGUUUCCGACGAAGAAUCCCCAUCCUCCCUGUUCCACAUCAAUACUGCUUAUAAUCUAUGUAAGAGUUUAUCAGAGGUAUAUGAUCCGAUAAGACAUAGAUACUGGGAAUACAUAGCUAAUCAACUGCCCAUCAAAGAAAAUGCAAAGGUUUAAACUAAAAAAAAAAAAAACAAAAAAAAAGGGUAAAAUAUUCUUAACAUGAAUUGUUCGGUACUUUGGUUUUAUACAUUUUUUGUUUAUGUACACACACAUAUAUAUAUAUAUAUAUAUUUAUUGCAUAAUAAAAUAUUUUAGUAAUUUACGAUUAAUUAAAGUGACGAUCCGUGAAGACACACACGACCCCGUAUAUGGACUAGCUAGAACAAAACUUUAUAGAAGUAGACGAACAAAACACUAUUUUUCACGUUACAACCUUUAGUGUUCGGAUCUCUUGUGUCCUUAGCUUUUUUUUUUUUUUUGAAGUUUGCGACGACUGUUUCUACCUCUACUCGACGAACAAUAUUAUAAUCGUUUGAAAAAUAAACAUCGACUUUUCAUUAAAAAAAAAAAAAAA